AUGUCUUCUGUUCAGUUCGGAAACGACUACUACGACUCUCUCCAGACGCUCACGUUCAAUUCGCGGCCCAUCAUAGAGAGCCACACGCAGCUGGCGCAGGAGAACGUGGAGCACGCGGCGGAAAUCGUCAAGGCUGUAGAGAAGCGGAUCUCAAAAGCCAUUCCCACACAGAAACUGUUCGCCCUUUAUCUUCUAGACUCGAUAUGUAAAGUGGUUGGCAGUCCGUAUACUCGGCUCUUUAGCAUAAACCUGUAUAAGACGUUUACACAGACAUACUCGCUCGUCGACGACCCGACCCGCGUCAAAAUGAUCAAACUAUUCAAGACAUGGAAGAUGGCUAACCCAGUAACGGGAAUGCCCCUGUUCAACGACGACCAGCUGGACCUCAUCGAGAAGUUUCUUAUUCGCGCCACCGCCAACAACAAGAUCGAGGAGCCGCUUUCCAAAGAGGUCCUCAUCAAGGACAUCGACGACCUGAAGCGUAUGGUUGGCCAGCGUCUCAAUAGAGGCGCCGACCAGAAAACCAAGCAGCGCUUCGAGCUUCUAGACCAGCUGCAGAACAUCAUCUCGCAGCCGGCCCAGAUCCCCCUCCAGCAGCUCGAAGUGGUGCGGAGACAGCUCGCAGGCAUCCGGGAAGACGAGUACAGAAGAGUCCAGCCACCGUCGUUUGCUCAGCCGGUUCCGGCGGUCCCGCCGGGCCCACCGGGCCCAGCGUCGCUGCCCAACAUUCCUCCUGUGCCAGCGUCGCUCCCAAAGAUCCCCACGCCGGCCCCAGGUCCGGCCGUGUUCUCCACGCCGGAGUUGCAGAAACUUCUAGGACUCAACCCGGAGAAGGCUCUCACGCCGCAGCCGUCCUCGCAGCAGCCGGCUCCCGCGUCGUCGGGCCUUGUGAUGCUGUCGAUCGAGCUGAGCCAGGCGCUUCUCAACAACCACAAGCCCACGGCAGACGAGAUUUCUCUAAUCUACUCUUCGAAGCCCAACCAGUGCUCGAACUGUCCGAAGCGUUUCGCCAGCACGCCCGACGGCACUAUAGCGCGGCAGCAGCACUUAGACUGGCAUUUCCGCACAAACAAGAAACUGAAGGACACGGGCAAACAGCUGUACAACAGGGCGUGGUAUCUGAACGAUGCAAAAUGGGUUGAGUUCAAGGAAGACGAGAUAGUGGGCUACACGUCAGACACUCUGGAGACCAACCGAGUCGUGGUGAAGGAGGCUCUGUCCGAGGAGGAGGUCAACAAGCAGAUAGUUGCCAUUCCGGAAGAUAGCGAUAACGAGACGGUGUGUGGAAUCUGUAGAGAAAAACUAGUUGGAGUGUUUGACGACGAGAUGGGCGAAUGGAUCUGGCGAAACGCCAUAGAGAAAAAGGGCAGAGUGUACCAUUAUAGCUGCUGGGUUGAGACGAAGGGAAACCUCAGAGACCGGUCGCCUGAGCGGAAGUAG